CAAGAGUCAUCAAUACAGCCCUCUGACAAGUCAAAAACAAAAAGAUCUGGAGUCUAUGACUUUAGGAACCCCUUCAACAAACAUUGACAUAAACACACCUGAGGACCCCUUUGUUUCUGCUGAUGCUCUUCUCAAUAGGAUAUCUCAUCCACCUUCAGUGUGUGAUCAGCUUCAUUAUCUAGAGCCUGACUUAGCAGAAAAGAAUCCCCCAAUAUUUGCUCAGAAACUUCAGGAGGAGUUAGAGUUUGCUGCAAUGAGGAUAGAAGCCCUGAAGCUAGCCAGACAAAUUACCCUGUCUUCUUUCAGCUCCUUAGAUACUGAGAGAGACUCUGCAGUUUCCACUGAUAUUUCCAUCUCUAAAAGUGCACUGUAUUCUCGGAUAAGCAGCUCUGAAGGAGAAAAUACUUCCAGUUUGCUUUAUCAACAGCAAGAUUUGGACUCUGCCUUGAGAGUUGCCAGAGAGGAGAUUGUAGCUAAGGAAAGAGAGGUAUCAGAAUGGAAAGAGAAAUAUGAGGAAAGCAGAAGGGAAGUCAUGGAAAUGAGGAAAAUAGUUUCAGAGUAUGAGAAGACGAUUGCUCAGAUGAUAGGCAAGCCUGAGGAUGAGCAGAGAGAAAAAUCUGUGUCCCAUCAUACUGUCCAGCAGCUGAUUAUCGAAAAAGAGCAAGCAUUAGCAGACCUUAAUUCUGUGGAAAAAUCACUAGCAGAUCUCUUUAGAAGAUAUGAAAAAAUGAAAGAAGUUCUUGAGGGAUUUAGGAAGAAUGAAGAAGUACUAAAGAAAUGUGCACAAGAAUAUCUAUCACGAGUGAAAAAAGAAGAGCAAAGAUAUCAGGCCCUCAAAGUUCAUGCAGAGGAAAAACUGGACAGAGCCAAUGCUGAAAUUGCACAAGUCCGUGGCAAGGCUCAGCAAGAACAAGCAGCUUACCAAGCCAGCCUCCGUAAAGAACAGCUGAAAGUGGAUGCAUUGGAAAGAACACUGGAACAAAAGAAUAAAGAAAUAGAAGAACUGACAAAGAUUUGUGAUGAACUGAUUGCCAAAAUGGGGAAAAGCUAACUUUUAACCAAAAUCCUGGAGUUCAACCUUGAGUGCAAUAUGACCAUUGGCACACUGAUGUCCACACUUUGAUGUGAACAGGAUUCUAUUUUCACUUUUUUGUAUGCACUACUGUAUUUUCCCCUUUCUAAAUAAUGUUGAUUUGAUUGUAUGCAGUACUAAGAAGACUAUCAAAAUUCCUUGCUAUUGUUUGCAAUUUUUUUCCUAGUAUAAUCCAUAGCAAGUUGAUCUCAAAAGUUCCUGUAUCAGGGAGAUUUGUCAAUUUCGUUAAUAAAAAUUACAGUUGCUCAUCCUAGCCUUCCCUUUGUACAUGAGUUCCCAUGUUGGAUGUCUUUUUUUGGAUUUAAUAUAAAUGUGUAUUACUUGCAUGGGGACUCUUGCCUUAAGGAGUGUAAAUUUGAUCUGCAUUUACUGAUUUGUAAAAUAAAAUCAAAACUUGGAAAAUUAA